AUGCUUGAAGGUAAAGCUCUUGAGGUUGCGCUGACAACAGCCAACGCGGCUGCCCAAGCUUGGUAUGGCUACGAUCAGGGUGUUAUAUCAGGUAUCCUUAUCGGCGAGGACUUCCUGAACACGUUCCCUCAGACUCGAAAUGCAAACAUCCAGGGCAUCACCGCAAGCUGUUUCUCGAACACCCUACGUGUAGGGGCAGCCCUGAGUACAACUGGGGCGAUCUUGCAAUUUCUGUCGUGGCAUUUUCCACAGUUCAUCAUUGGCCGUGUGAUCAAAGGCUUUGGUAAUGGAAUGACAAGCAGCACAUGUGGAGUUUAUCAGGCGGAGUCUGUGAGAAGCCAUCGCCGAGGAAAGCUUUGUGUCAUUGUGGUCUUGCACAAUGUGAUUUUCUACAUGGCUGCUAGCUGGCUCACCCUCGGUUGUUCCUUCUUCGACAAUGGUCUCCAACGGCGAUUACCUCUUGCGCUUCAGGUGAGUUUCCAAGGGCCACAAGAAAUUCUGUCUUACCAACGCGAACAGCUUGUUCCCUGUAUAGUGAUGGUUGUGAUGCUCCAAUUCUUGCCAGAUUCUCCACGGUUGCUUCUGAUACGCGAUCGCGUUGAAGAUGCCCAGGAUGCCCUACGAAGAUAUAUGGGUACGAAUCUCGACCGCAGCGACCCUCUCGUUCUGAAUGAACUGGCUUCAAUCUCAGGGGCCCUUGCCCUUGAGCGAAAGACGCAGCUCAGCUUCAAGGACGUGAUCCUCCAAAGAGAUCGAUCCGGCCACCUCAAAAGGAUUUUGCUAGGAUGUGGCACCCAGUUCAUGCAGUGGGGAGGUAUCAAUGGUUUGAAUUAUUAUUUCCCAACGAUCCUUGAGAAUGCUUUGGGCAUGUCAGAGCUCAUGGCACGAAUUCUGACCGGAUGCAAUGCAACGUCAUAUGCAAUCUCAUCCGCUAUGGCUUUCUGGCUGAUAGAUCGAGUUGGCAGGAGGUCUCUAAUGAUGAAUGGAGCUUUCUUUCAAUUCUUUGCCUAUGUCAUGGUUGCUAUAUCCGUGGCUCUCCUGUCUCAUGCCCCGUCCCAGGUCUACCAAGCAGAAAUCAACUCACUUCAAGGUCGUGUACCAGGUACCGCCGCUGCCACAGCUACCAAUUGGCUGUUUGGCUUCGUCUGCACGCAAUUUACUCCCGUCGGAAUCAAAAACAUCACAUACAGGUUUUAUAUCAUCUUUGCCUGCUUUAAUCUCGCGUUCAUUCCUGUUGUGUACUUCUUAUACCCAGAGACUGCCAACCGCACCCUCGAAGACCUCGACGACUACUUCGACAAGGACUCUGGUAACUCAACGAUCAUCGCUAUAUCCAACAAGCCAGCAAAACAAAAGCAGAGACCAGUCGAGGCAAUUGAGGCGGAGUAG